AUGCCAUGCAAACAUGCUGUUGCUACUAUAUGGGAGAUGAGGAAGAAUAGUAAGGAUGUUGGAAUACUAGAAACUUGGGUGCAUGAGGUAUAUUGGCUAAAAACUUGGAAACAGAUGUACUCAUUCAAAAUUGAGCCCAUUAAUGGGAGAAGCAUGUGGGAAAAUUCUGUGUGUCCAACAACUUUGGUUCCUCCUAAACAUCGUGUCAAAAUAGGUAGAGCAAAGAAGAAACGCAGAAAAUCAGCUUAUAAAAUUGAUGACAUGGUGAAGGGUAAUAGUGCAUCAAGAAUCCUUCAGUCAAUUACUUGUUCAAAGUGCAACAACAUUGGUCAUAAUGUAAGGAGUUGUAAGGGACAAAAAGUUAGUACUCCUAGUGCUCCUAGUGGUUCUGGUGGUUCUGGUAAGGGAAAAGGAAAAGCUGGUUGA